AUGUCAAAUUCACUUUCAAUUCUAUCAUCUACCAUUGUUAAACAAUCACAAAAGAGUUUAAUAUCUAAACUCAAUAAUAAUAAUAUUACAUACAGGACUUCUUUUCCUUCUUCUUCUUUUUCUUCUUCCAUUCAUACUUCAUCGACAUCAUUCCAAAUCAAAAAUAAUAAUAAUAAUUUCACAAAUAAUAUAAGUUAUAUUAAUAAUAAUAAUAAUAAUAAGAGUAUAUUUAAACUAUUUAAUAAUAAUGGAAUUAAUAAUAAUAAUAAUAAUAGAUUUUAUUCAGUUCAUACAACUCCAACAAAUACACCAAUUGAAAAAAAGACAACUAUAUUGGAUAUAAAAAAGAAAUUUGAAUCAAAUAUACCUAUAACGAUGGUAACUGCAUACGAUUAUUGUAGUGCCAAAGAGGUGGAUAAUGCAGGUAUCGAUAUGUUGUUGGUUGGUGAUUCAUUGGGAAUGGUAGUAUUGGGUGAAAAAGGAACAUCAAAUGUGACAAUGGAACAAAUGAUACAUCAUUGUAAAGCUGCCAUGAAAGGUGUAAAACGAACAUUUGUCGUUGGUGAUUUACCAUUUGGUAGUUUUGAAACGAGUACACGUGAUGCUGUUGCCAAUGCAUUUAGAUUGAUGAAAGAAGGUGGUGUGGAUGCUGUAAAGUUGGAAGGUGGAAAAAAGCAUGCUGCAACUAUUGCUGCCAUAGUCAAUGCUGGUAUGCCUGUUAUUGGACAUAUUGGAUUGACACCACAAUCUGUUAGUGCGUUGGGUGGAUUCAGGUUGCAAGGAAAGACUUCAGAGCAAGCCAUGUCAAUUUUAGAGGAUGCUCUAGCUUUGCAAGAAGCUGGGUGUUCAGCGAUUGUCAUUGAAAUGGUACCUGAAAUCGUUGCAACUCAAAUCACCAAACAACUCAGUAUUCCAACUAUUGGCAUUGGUGCUGGAAAUGGAACUAGUGGACAGGUACUAGUGUACCACGAUAUGCUUGGGUUAUACUCUGACUUUUUACCAAAGUUUUGUAAACAAUAUGCAACACUAUCGAAAACCAUUCAAGACGGUUUGAAAGAGUACAAACGCGAGACUGAACAACGUCAAUUCCCAACACAAGCUCAUAGUUUUACUAUGAAACAAGAAGAAUCCCAAAUGUUUAUCGAAAAAUUAAACAUCCUCAACAAUCACAACCAAGAAGAAAGUUCUACUGCAUCAAAUAACAAACAAAACAUUGAUUCAUUGUUUUCACAUUUUUCCAAUCCAAAUAAUAUCAAUCAAAGUGUAAAAGAAUUGAUGGAAAGAGAAAAGGCAAUGGAAACAUUAACCUUUGUCAAAGACAAGAAAUCAAAUAAUAAUAAUAACAACAAAUCAACACCAUUAUUGACUUCAAUCGAGCAAGCCAAGUUGAAUAUAGUACCAGAUAAAAAGAAUAAGAAAAAGAUUGCUGUUAUUGGAGCUGGAGCAAUGGGUAGUUUUUUUAGUGCUAAAAUUGCUUCAAAAGAAAUUGCUGAUGUUUGGAUGGUAUCUGCUUGGAAAGAACAUGUUGAAAAAAUUAAUAGGGAUGGAUUAACAUUUUAUAAUUUAAAAGGAGAAAAGGAAAAGAUUAAAUCGAUUAGAGCUACAUUGGAUGCUAAAGAGAUUAUAAAGGAUGGAUAUCCAGAUAUUGUAUUUGUGUUGGUCAAGAGUCCAGCAACCAAACAAGCAUCUUUGACAGCUUCUACUAUAGUUGCAGGUAAUCCAAAUGCAAUCAUUUUGACACUUCAAAAUGGAGUAGGCAAUCGUGAAGAGAUUGAACAAACCAUCACUGAAAAGGGAUACAAAAAUAGAGUAUGGCAAGGUGUCACUAGCAAUGGAUGUUAUGUAGUCGAACCUGGCAUCGUCAGACACACUGGUUCUGGUCCAACCUACCUCGCAGCAUCACCAUCCAUAGUUUCAAAGAGUGACUAUGGAAUGGAGAAUCGUCAAGAUUCAAAAGAGGAAAGAGAGGCACUCGAAUCAUUAAAAGAUAUUCUCAUCAAUGUCGGUAUUGAAAGUCAAGUAUCCAACGAUAUCGAUGCAUUGAUUUGGGGUAAAGUCGUUGCCAAUGCUGCCAUUAACCCAUUGUCUGCUGUUUUGGGUGUUCAAAAUGGAUACUUGAUCAACAAUGAGUAUCCAAAGUCAUUGAUGAAAAAGAUUGUUGGCGAAGGCAUGGAAGUGUGCAGAGCCAAGGGUAUCAAGUUGCCCUAUGGAGAUGACACUGAGCAAGGAUUCAAGUAUGUCACUGAUAUUGCCCAACGUACCUCCUCCAACUACUCUAGUAUGCUAGUCGACGUUAUCCGUGGCCAACCAACAGAAAUUAAAUCAAUCAAUGGUGUGAUUGUAAAGGAAGGUGAACGACUCGAUGUCAAUGUAUCAUACAACAAAAUGAUAAUGGAAAUGGUUCUCAACCGUCAUCCAUCUCUCUCUUCUUCUUCUUCUUCUAGAUCCAAAUCUGUUCAACAUCUUUAA